AUGAGGUUUGGUUUCCCCUGGUGAAAUCAUCCAGCUAUGUCAGAGCCAGUGGUUUUCUUGCCGGAUUCUUGACCUUAUGGAAUGGAAUUUUUCAGAAGGGUACCACUUAACCCAGGCGGUACUGGAUCUGGGAUCUUUAAGGUACCGAACUGACCCAAGCAAGUGCCUAAGCACAAAGAAGAGCCGUCAAAGCCCAACUUCAAAACUGGCGCCAUUUUUGGGUGAUCAUAG